AUGUCUGCAGAACCUGCACAUCAAGAAGGAGCUCCACAAGCUAUGGCUGUUUAUCCAAUGACAGAAAUGAAUGGAGCAAUCAGGUAUCAACUUAUGUAUCUUCCAAUUUACGUUUCAAAUGAAGAUACUAGAAUUUAUCAAGCUGGACAACCAUUAGUUCAGCUUCCUGGUGAAAAACCAACAGGAUUCUUAGAUUCUCUUAGCCAAACAUUAUCUAUUGCUGGUAACAAGAUUAAUAAAGCAAUUCAACCAGUUACAACAAAGGUUGAGGCAGGAAUCCAUACAGCCUCUGCAAAGAUUUCAGAGACUGCAACUGCUGUUGCCAAUAAGACCUCCGAGAAAUACCACGAAGUUAAAAAUAAAAUGACUUCUGAAAAACCAGCUGCAGAGGAACCACCAAAAGAGGAGCAGCCAAAGGAAGAACAACCAAAGGAGCCUGUUAAUGAAGCUACACAGUAA